CCGCUUCAACCAAUUCUGGGAGACGAACCCUGGCGGUUUGUACUCUUCCUUUCCAAUGAGAAAAAAAGGAAGCCGCUUGGCCCCAGUAACCAAUCCGAGGAGGCGGUGCCUGGUUGUCAGGCAGGUUUGUAAGAGUUCGGGCCAAUUGGAGGCGCAAUCACCGCUCGACCCGGGCGCAGCGCGCAGGCGGUGGCGAAGAGACGCCGAGCGGGCCGAGUGCGGCCGAGCAAAGCCGGAGCCGGAGCGGGGCCGCAGGAGCCGGGCUGGGUCCGGACGGGCAGAGAUGCCCUAUAAACUGAAGAAGGAGAAGGAGCCCCCCAAGCUUGCCAAAGGCACGGCCAAGCCCAGCAGCUCAAGCAAGGAUGGUGGAGGCGAGAGCACCGACGAGUCCCAGCCGCAGCCACAGCCGCAGCCCCAGCCCCAGCCCCAGCCCCCAUCAUCCAACAAGCGUCCCAGCAACAGCACGCCACCCCCGACGCAGCUCAGCAAAAUCAAGUACUCCGGAGGGCCCCAGAUUGUCAAGAAGGAGCGACGGCAAAGCUCAUCCCGCUUCAAUCUCAGCAAGAACCGGGAGUUGCAGAAGCUCCCUGCCCUGAAAGAUUCGCCCACCCAGGAGCGGGAGGAGCUCUUUAUCCAGAAGCUGCGCCAGUGCUGCGUCCUCUUUGACUUUGUGUCAGAUCCGCUCAGUGACCUCAAAUUCAAGGAGGUGAAGCGGGCAGGACUCAACGAGAUGGUGGAGUACAUCACCCAUAGCCGCGAUGUUGUCACUGAGGCCAUCUACCCUGAGGCAGUCACCAUGUUUUCAGUGAACCUCUUCCGGACGCUGCCACCUUCAUCAAACCCCACUGGGGCUGAGUUUGACCCAGAAGAGGAUGAGCCCACCCUGGAAGCCGCCUGGCCGCACCUGCAGCUCGUGUAUGAGUUCUUCUUACGUUUCCUUGAGUCUCCUGAUUUCCAGCCAAACAUAGCAAAGAAGUAUAUCGACCAGAAGUUUGUCCUUGCUCUCUUGGACCUGUUUGACAGUGAGGAUCCUCGAGAGCGGGACUUCCUCAAGACCAUCUUACAUCGCAUCUAUGGCAAGUUUUUGGGGCUCCGGGCUUAUAUCCGUCGGCAGAUCAACCACAUCUUCUACAGGUUCAUCUAUGAGACAGAACAUCACAACGGAAUUGCUGAGCUCCUAGAGAUUCUUGGCAGCAUCAUCAACGGCUUUGCCUUGCCCCUUAAGGAAGAGCACAAGAUGUUCCUCAUCCGUGUCCUGCUUCCCCUUCACAAGGUCAAGUCCCUGAGUGUCUACCACCCUCAGCUGGCUUACUGCGUGGUACAGUUCCUGGAGAAGGAAAGCAGUCUCACGGAGCCGGUGAUUGUAGGACUUCUCAAGUUCUGGCCCAAGACCCACAGCCCCAAGGAAGUCAUGUUCCUGAAUGAGCUAGAGGAGAUUCUGGAUGUCAUUGAACCUUCGGAGUUCAGCAAAGUGAUGGAACCACUCUUCCGCCAGCUUGCCAAGUGUGUCUCCAGCCCCCAUUUCCAGGUGGCAGAGCGCGCCCUCUAUUACUGGAACAAUGAGUACAUCAUGAGCCUGAUAAGUGACAAUGCUGCCCGAGUCCUCCCCAUCAUGUUCCCUGCCCUCUACAGGAACUCCAAGAGCCACUGGAACAAGACAAUCCAUGGACUGAUCUACAACGCAUUGAAGCUGUUUAUGGAGAUGAACCAGAAGCUGUUUGAUGACUGCACGCAACAGUAUAAGGCAGAGAAACAGAAGGGCCGGUUCCGAAUGAAGGAAAGGGAAGAGAUGUGGCAAAAGAUUGAGGAGCUGGCCCGACUUAAUCCCCAGUAUCCCAUGUUUCGAGCACCUCCACCACUGCCUCCUGUGUACUCGAUGGAGACAGAGACCCCCACGGCAGAGGACAUCCAGCUUCUGAAGAGGACAGUGGAGACAGAGGCUGUGCAGAUGCUCAAGGACAUCAAGAAGGAGAAGGUGCUGCUUCGGCGGAAGUCAGAGCUGCCCCAGGACGUGUACACCAUCAAGGCGCUGGAGGCACACAAGCGGGCGGAAGAAUUCCUAACUGCCAGCCAGGAGGCUCUCUGACCCCCUCACCAUCCUUCCGCAGGGCCACAGCCCACUCAGCCCUGGGACGCUGCCCUAGCCCUUCACCCUCUGCUCCCCACUGGCUGACUUGGGGCAAGGCAGUGCCUCUCUAGCUACUCUAGGGAGGGGAUGCAGCACUUGAAGUGGGGACCCUUAUACAGUGGUCUCUCUUCUCCCCCAGAUGUGUUCAUGCCUCCCUGUGGCUAGUACAGACAGGUUGAGCACUGAGAUCCUCAGCGCUCAGACAACUUGGGGAUGCCUGUCCCCCUCCUGCUCCUAACCCCACAGCUACUUGAGGCUGCUCUGAGAAAUACACACAGGAAUACAUAACGCUCCUCUCCCCUUCCCUUCAUCCUCUUUUGAACUCCAGGUGUCUUUCCUUUGCUCCCUCCCCUGAAGCACAUAGGGAGCAGCAGAUUACUCUCACCAAAGUUAGGUCAGGCCCCAUUGGCCCCUGG